UUCAACCCAUUCACGAUGAGAGGUCUCCUGGCACUCUGUAUCCUGGCACUGGCCACUCCAGCUAUCCUGGGUCGCACCAUGGACCGUUGCUCCCUGGCCCGCGAGUUGUCCAACCUGGGCGUUCCUCGUGACCAGCUGGCCAAGUGGACGUGCAUUGCCGAGCACGAGAGCUCCUACCGCACCGGAGUGGUGGGUCCUCCCAACUCCGACGGAUCCAACGACUACGGCAUCUUCCAGAUCAACGACCUCUACUGGUGCCAGCCGCCCAGUGGAAAGUUCUCCCACAACGGCUGCGGUCUGAGUUGCAGCGCCCUUUUGACCGAUGACAUCACGAACUCCGUGAGAUGUGCCCAGUUGGUUCUGGGCCAGCAGGGUUGGCCCGCCUGGUCCACCUGGCACUACUGCAGCGGAGCCCUGCCCCCGAUCGAUGAUUGCUUCAGGUAGAUUACUCUGAUAAUGCCUUUAGUCUAUCAACCUGGACACUGAAACAUGCAUUUGCCUUAACAAUUAAGGAGCACUCUUUUACCCUUGCUCAAUAAUUUCACUUUAUAUCUGUAACGUAACAAUAUACAGAUAUAAAAUAUAUGCCUGGUUGGUGUGAAUGUCAUUCAUACAAUUAAAGAUAA